GCAAAUUCUCGCGCGCUCAAAAACUGGUACUAGUCGGGCUGGUGAUGAUAUAGCCGGUAUCGGCGCAACCUGGAUUUACAAUCCAACAAGCCUCUAGAGAGAACGAAAUGGAGAGAAGAACAAGAGCAAAAAGAAGGAGUAAAAGUCGUGUGUCGGUUGAGUGUUGAAGAUUGGCUAAAUCAUGAGCGUGAAUGAAACUGUCUGAUCUUCUGUUGGAGAAUCUCCGUGGACUCGGCAGUAUUAUUUCAGCAUUCGCACACCCAAGUGGGAAGACACUUAGAUAAAUAGCUCAACUGAAUGAACUUAAAUUGCAGUAUUGGUUCGCCGCUGCACUAGCCCUUGACCUUGCAGCCAGUUAUAGACCUUGACUUGCACAAUGGUAUGUCGAGAAGUCUGAGUCAGCGCAAAAGAACGGUUAAACAAAGAGUGACUCGGUGGCCCUUGUUCGGAAGAGUGGGGUAAUAGCUUGUCAACGCCACAAACAAAUGCAGCUACGUGGAAGCGGCGUCCCACUUCCAUAUCCUCGGAUACAUCGCCAGCUUCGUUGACCAGGCGACGAUGUACCCUGCCUGUUCCCCUGCUGGACACUGGAAACCUUUAAAAAUUGUUCUUGGACACAGAGUUGGACACACACACACACACACUGCACAUUCUCUCACACACACAGAAGCGUCCAAUGUUGCAGCAAGUUCUUUUCUUACUUCAGUCUUCAGUUUAUUCAGAUACGAUCCCAGAGUGAUUGAACAAACAGUUUCAACAUGGGAAAUAUAUUUUUGGCAACCUCCUGACAGAGUCCAAACUCGAAGAGUUUUUCGACUGUAAUUUCUCCCUUGGAGCCAUGCUUCCCAUACGUUUUGAAGUGCUACCGACUCGAUGCGCUGUGAGCAGUGAGAGGUGGAAACGCCAACAGCAAACCUUCUGUGCUCCUGGCUCUUUUGCUUCUUGCCUUCUUGCUGGAUUGGCUUGUAGCAAGGCCGCAGAAGGGCACAGACAAGCUAGAUACCACAUCUGUGCUGUUGCAGUCCACCCUGUGCAACUUCGACGCAAGCGGUUGAAUCAGCUCAAGGUUGGAGAGAAACUGAAGGGGAGAGUGGUUCACGUGGCAGCCACUCAUGCUGUGGUCGAUGUUGGUGCAGAGUGCGACGCUGUCCUACAUGCCAGCAAAAUGGCUCAAGCCGAUCAAAUCCCUGGCAGGGUUGUUGAAGGCAUGGAGGUGGACGUUUGGGUCAGUGGGAAGAAGUCUGCAGGUUAUGGCCUGGCAGAUGGCACAACUUGGAGAAUCGACGCAAAAUUGGAAGUCACGAUGCUGCAUCCGAAGGAUCUAUCAGCGGAUGUUUCUGAAUUCCUAAACCUGCCUGCGGACGCAUUGCUUGCGGCAACAGUGUCACGCAUCGAGGAUUAUGGUAUUUUUGUGAUGGUUCGUCCUCCCAGUGGUGCUGUCCCAGUACAAGGCUUCGUACACGUCUCCGAGAUGAAAGAAGGUUUCGUAGAGCAUCCUGCCAAUGAGGUGGAGAUCGGACAGGAGUUGACAGUGAGCCUCCUACGCGUGGAUCGCAAAUUUGGAAGGUUACGACUUUCGAUGAAGUUGCCUGAAGUGGAGGGUUACUGAGGAGUUGGGUACGUAGAUGUGCGAAUGCUCAAGCAUGUUAUUGCUUUGACAAGGCACAAAA